UCGGCAGAAGCUUGCCUUAGGAGGGGAUUCACUUAGUGUGGGCGGCCGGAGAACACUGUGGUUCAACUGUUUGUUCCUGCCACCCUCCUGGCCCGAUACCAUGGGAGUGACUUGUGUGUCCCAGAUGCCUGUGGCUGAGGGCAAGAGUGUCCAGCAGACGGUGGAGCUCCUCACCCGGAAGUUGGAGAUGCUUGGGGCAGAGAAGCAAGGAACAUUUUGCGUGGAUUGUGAGACCUACCACACAGCUGCCUCCACUCUUGGCAGCCAAGGUCAGGCUGGGAAGCUGAUGUAUGUGAUGCACAACUCAGAGUACCCUCUGAGCUGCUUCGCUCUCUUUGAGAACGGCCCUUGGCUUAUUGCCGACACCAACUUCGAUGUGCUCAUGGUGAAGCUCAAGGGCUUUUUCCAGAGUGCCAAGGCCAGCAAGAUUGAGACCCGGGGUACCCGUUACCAGUACUGUGACUUCCUAGUGAAGGUGGGCACAGUCACCAUGGGGCCCAGUGCCCGAGGCAUCUCUGUAGAGGUGGAGUAUGGCCCCUGUGUGGUAGCUAGCGACUGCUGGAGCCUGCUGCUCGAGUUCCUACAGAGUUUUCUAGGCAGCCACACACCAGGGGCUCCCGCAGCGUUUGGGAACAGACACGAUGCCAUCUAUGGCCCAGCAGAUACCAUGAUCCAAUACAUGGAACUCUUCAAUAAGAUCCGCAAGCAGCAGCAGGUGCCGGUGGCUGGGAUUCGUUAGUGACUGGCAACUGCCUGGCUGAGCUCUGUCACCAGGGGGACUGCGCAGGAGGAGCAGGGGCUGCACCCUGAGGCCCCUGGACCCCAGAAACCCAGGGCAGACAUGGAGGCUUCUCUCCAUCUUCCCAGCUGUGACUUUUGUUCUGGGGAUCUGGACUUCCUCCCCUGACCCUCACACACAGCCCCCCAGCAGCUGCUUCACCCUACGCCUUACUGGACUUGGCCUGUUCUCAAGAAUGGUAAUUAUGAAGAGUGGAGAAGUGUGGAGCUUUCCUGCUUUAGGGGAAAAGGUAGGACAGGCCUGGCUAGUGUUGGUGUGAAAGCAAUCUGUAUCUCCAACUACUGAGGAUUUGGCUUAGGUCCACGGUGGAUGGACUGGGCUGGGCUGGGCUGGGCUGUAAUAA